CCAAUUACAAAAAAGAGAUUUUUGGAAUCACAACGCAAUAAGGCAAGCACGUCAAAACCAGACUUAAGACUUGACAGUCUUCCUGGCUUCGCGCCUGCUUCCUCGUUUACAGAUGACAAUACGGAACAACCUGUACGCGUUAUUAAGAGAAAGAAACCAGAAUAUACAGUGUUGAGAGAAUCCGCUUAUUUUCAGUCAAACUCUCAUAAAACAGUCUCUAAAAUCUUAAUACAAACAAGUCAAGACGAUGGCUUUGAGGAUGUGAGGCCAAUGUCUGACGACGAAGAUUGGAAUGAUCAAACGAAAGAAAGAUGGUUUGAAUUGCAGCGUAAUACUGGUAUAAAGGACGUAAAAAGUGGUUGUCUACCAGAAGAUUCAACGCUUACUGAAGAGCAACGCGAAGUCUAUGAAUUGGCUGUCGUUAAACGAGAGAGCAUAUUCUUUACUGGAUCUGCUGGUACCGGAAAGAGUAUGCUACUACAAAAAAUUAUUACUACUCUCAAGAAUAUGACCGGUAAUGAUGCUGUGGCGGUUACUGCGACCACAGGGCUAGCUGCUCUCAACAUUGGAGGCACAACUUUACAUUACUUUGCUGGAAUUGGUCUUGGCCAAGGGACUACACAAGAACUUAUUAAAAAAGUUCGUGAUAACAGGUCAGCUCGUCAGAGAUGGACAGAUUGUAAUGUCUUGAUCAUAGAUGAAGUUUCAAUGCUCGAUGGAGAAUUGUUUGAUACACUUGAAGGAAUUGCGCGAAAUAUCAAGAACAACACACGACCGUUUGGAGGGAUACAGCUGAUUAUCACGGGAGAUUUCUUCCAAUUGCCUCCAAUAUCGAAGGAUAAUAGAUCGGUUGCUAAAUUCUCCUUUGAAGCACAAACGUGGAAAACUGCCGUUAAGCAUACUAUCCAAUUAACGCGAGUAUUCCGUCAAAAAGAUAAUGAACUCAUCGAACUUUUAAAUGAUAUGAGAACUGGGAAAGUGUCAGAACGUUUCUCGGAACUUAUUGCGAGAUUAGAAAAUGAACCGCAAUAUCCAGACGAUGGUAUCAAACCUACGGAAUUAUAUCCGAGAAAUGAUAAUGUGAACAGUGCCAAUCUUAUACAGUUAGACAAGAUUCCGCAUAAAUCUCAUUCAUUUUUUGCGAUUGAUUGGGAACCUAUGAGGAUUGGACAACUCCGUAUGCUUGUAAAGAGUUGUUUGGCCCCACAAGAACUAAAACUUAAACGGGAUGCUCAGGUCAUGCUUAUUAAAAAUCUGAAAGAUUAUAAUCUUGUUAAUGGAAGCAGAGGAGUUGUCAUAGGAUAUCACUCUAAUUCGACUGGUCAAGAUUAUUUUAAAGGGGAAGAAGAAGGGCUCGAAAUAAACGACUUACUUCCGAUAGUGCGAUUUACGGAUUCGAACCAAAAGAUUGUUGUUGAACCUCAAGAAUGGACUAUACCUGGAAAUGGAGGAAAAACAGUAUUGGCAUCACGUAAACAGAUCCCACUCAUUCUUGCAUGGGCGAUAAGUAUUCAUAAAAGUCAGGGUCAAACUUUGGAUCGUGUUAAAAUUGAUCUUGGGCGUGUAUUUGAGAGAGGUCAAGCAUAUGUGGCCCUCUCCCGAGCAACAUCCACCACUUCUCUCCAAGUAUUGAACUUUCGUCCUUCAAAGGUCACUGCACAUGAGAAAGUGAAGGCAUUUUAUGAGUCAUUGAAGAGACACGAUUCUGUGAGUCAAUAUACAGACGAAGACAAUGACGAUAGCUUUAUUUAG